CACAUGCGGAAGUAGUGUGCGAUCCUUCCAUAAAUUCCCACAGUUGUAUCCGUGUCUCCCUGUGUCGUGUCAUGGCUUUCCUUUGCAGAAGUGCAGCUCAGCUCCUGAAGCCCAACAGAACAGCCCCGGCUCUCCUGUCCGCUGUCCGCCUCUACAGCUCAGGAGGUCAGUAUGAGUAUAUUAUUGUUGAAAAGCGAGGAGAGAAUAAGAAUGUGGGCUUCAUUCAGUUGAAUCGACCAAAGGCCCUCAAUGCUCUGUGUGACGGCCUGAUGAAGGAGGUGGGGUACGCCUUGGAUGCAUUUGAAGCCGAUGGUGAAGUUGGAGCCAUCGUUAUCACUGGCAGCGACAGAGCCUUCGCUGCGGGAGCAGACAUUAAAGAGAUGCAGAAUCGAACUUUCCAGGAGUGUUACGGGGGGAACUUCCUGGCUCACUGGAACAGAGUGUCCACAGUGAAGAAGCCUGUGAUUGCAGCUGUGAAUGGCUUUGCUUUGGGUGGAGGAUGUGAACUGGCCAUGAUGUGUGAUAUCAUCUUUGCUGGAGAGAAGGCACAGUUUGGCCAACCAGAAAUCCUGUUGGGCACCAUUCCUGGGGCGGGUGGCACCCAGCGUCUGACUCGUGCAGUGGGCAAAUCUCUCGCUAUGGAGAUGGUACUGACAGGAGAUCGGAUCAAUGCACAAGACGCCAAGCAGUCAGGUUUGGUGAGUAAAGUUUUUCCUGUGGACCAGCUGGUGUCUGAAGCUGUUAAAUGUGGAGAGAAAAUAGCAGCUAAUUCCAAGUUGGUUUCUGCUAUGGCUAAAGAGGCUGUUAAUGCAGCUUUUGAACUGACUUUGGCUGAGGGCAAUCGUUUGGAGAAGCGGUUAUUCCACGCCACAUUCGCCACGGAUGAUCGUAAAGAAGGCAUGACUGCAUUUGUGGAGAAGAGAAAAGCCAGUUUCCAAGACAAGUAAAAUAAAGCACAUCCAGAUUUCAGCCGAGAACACAAGGUCCCUGAUAUCACUGGGUCAUUUCCUUAUCUGCAAUAAGCUGAGUGAUUCUAAAUCCUGAUUGUAGUCGAACAUACAGGCUUUUUGAAGCUAAAUUUGAUGCCAGUGUCUCAUCAUAGCGAAGCCCUGUCUGUUUAGAUGCAGCAUCCAAAUCCAAUGCAGCCUGGGUGCAGGAGUGUGAAUAACGUUGCUGACUGUGAAGCCAGCGUGAGAACUUAAGGAAUCAGUCCUGAUGACGUGUACUGACUUUGCCUUUUCAUUUUCACUGUCAAACCUCUGCCUGCAUUUUGUAGGCAACUUUUUUCCCCUGUGUACGUUUUACAAAUAAAGCUCUAUAGUAGUUUUGAAUGAGUAGAGGAAACGUCUGUUGAUUAAAGAAUAUGUGUUUGCUGUACUGGUUUAACACACACAUGCUGCUGGUUUUUGAUCCUCACACAUAUUUCAAGUAUUUGGAUGGUUUUAUAUCACUUGUGAUAAUGUUUUCAGAUCUAUAUGUAACUAUAAUUUUAGUUGAUUUGUAAAAUGAUCUUCAUAAAUGCUGUUGGUUACCACUUGUGUUUCCUAAGUAUUUUUCAUUCAGUUACUGUGAGUUUACAUAGUUUAUACUUCCACUCCAUCCACCUUUUUCUGCAGUGAAGGUCACAUAUCUUUAAAUGUGUUAAUUUUUGAAUGUUCGAUAACCUGAGAUGAAGAUUUCAUUAAGAUUUCAUCCUUCAAUAAACACUAAA